AGAGCAAAACAUUUCAUGAAUUUCAUUAUAAUUCGUUUAUUCAUAGAAUAUUUUGAAACUUAACCAAGUAUCUAGUGAAGCUAAAUAUGAAGUCUUUUGGAAUUGCUGUAAUCUUCUUAAGCUUUGUAGUUGCAUCAUAUGCAGCAGUUGUAUCAGAAAUGGCAUCCAAUGAAUUCUUGAGAGGAGGUUACUCUUCUUCUUCUUCUUCUUCUUCCUCCAAGGAAUGCUGUAUGACUACUUGUCAAUAUGCUGAACUUUGCCCUAUUUCUCAACCAACUUAUAGCCAAGCCCCAACUUAUGCUCAACCUCCAUCCUAUUCUCAACCUCCAUCCUACGGACAAUCAUCUUCUUCUUAUGGCUCAUCCAGCUAUCGCCUUUUGAAUGCAGAAGAAAAUCAACUUGUCAACAGAGGAGGUUAUGCCCCAACAAGUCAAUGCAUUCUGGUGCCUAUUGAAUGCUGUACAGACUGCAAACAAUGUUACGCUGCAUGGAGUUCCUAAAUAACUCUCUACUUGCAAAGAACAUAUAUCAAUGGAUGUGUGUUCGUUUGAGUGAAUAAAAUUUGUUCGUGCAACUUGACUUCGUAACAAUUCAUUCCAAUGA